AUGAAACACAAUCAGAUGACCGACAGGCCGAGAGAUACGGACGCAGUGACCCGAGCCACAGCGUCACUGAGUAGCAGCAACCUCAUAAGGAGAGCAAAGGGCAGCAGCAACAGCAGCAGUGGUGGCGGCAGCAGCAGUGGCAGGGCUGCCGCAGCGGUAGCAGCAGCAGCGGAUGGCCUCGUGACUUCUUCCGGCCCCCGCGAUGGCAGCGGUGUAUCAGAGCCCCCUCCCGCCAUGCCUCCAGACCGCUGGGGACCCAGGGGGCCCUUAGAAGGCCCUCCAUACGAUUACUAUGGGGGCCCCCGCGGGGGACCGCUGGCGCCCCCCAUGUACUCCUUACGCCGGUGUAGUGAUAGCCCAGGACCACCGAUGCUGCGUAUCGCCUAUUAUGGAAGAGGGGAGGAGAGGGACGGGGGCCUUGGGGGCCUGUCCGACCCCAGGGGCCCUCCCCGUUUGCUGCAGCGGCGAGUGCCUCCAGACCAACUGCAGCAGCUGCAUGCGCACGAGCAGCAGCAGCAGCAAUACUACACAGAAAUGCGGAGGCGGCCGCCGUCGUCUGCAUGGAGAGCCCGACGCAGGAGCUUAAGCAGCAGAGGCAGCAGCAACAGCAGCAAAAGCUGCGGGGUAGAUAGGCAGGGGCCCCCUGGCGCCCCCCGAGACAGACGAGGGUCUUUGGGGGAUAGAGAGAGAAAAAUGAGCCGAAGCCGAAGCGUGAGCACUAUUAGCGUCAACGAGGCGUCAGACUCGUCCUGCAACGAAGGGGGCAGCAGUUCGUAUGAGCAGCAACAGCAGCAGCAUCACCGGCCCCAGAGGUCGUGGCAGGAACGCCCCACUGGACCAGCAGCAGCAGCAGCCAGCAGCAGCAGCAGACCGUUGGAGGGGCACUUUCGGAGAUCUUUCUCCAGGGCAAGCGGAGUUUCCGCUGUCUCCUCCCGCCGAUCCCGUUCCCGAUCACGAUCACGAUCUCGAUCUCGAUCCCGUCGACGCUGGCAACAGCGGGGAAUGGUAAUGCUCAUGCAUCCUUCAGGCUCCCACAACAGCAGCAGGUGGCAUUCGGAGCAGCAGCAGCUGCUGCUUCAACGACAACGGCAACACGCGUGGCAAAAGCAGCAGCAGCAGUUUAUGCUGAUGCAGCGGCGCGCUACCAGGCGCAGCAGGAGCUGCAGCAGCUCUUGCCGCUCGGCCUCUUGCAGUAGCAGCAGCAGCGGCGGGAGGCGGCGGCGGCAGCAGCACCAGCAGCAGCGGAGACAGCGGGACAUGUCUCCUGCUAGGUGGCGGCAUAUGCCCUCCAAACACCUCCCCAGGCAGCAGCAGCACCAGCAGCCUUCACCAGCAGUACCAACUGCAGCAACUGGCGCCCCCAGUGCCCGAGGCAGCCACCCAAGCAGCGGCGACGCCCUGCAUGAAAGUGGAAGCAAAACGGUCCACGCCAAUUGUGCAACAGACACCACCGGGGACAGCAGCAAGACCAGCAGCAGUAUGGACAGCUGCAGUAGUAGCAGUAGUAGUAGUAGUAGCAGUAGUAGUAGUAGUAGUAGUAGUAGUAGUAGUAGUAGUAGUAGUAGUAAUAGUAAUAGUAGUAGCAGUAGUAGUAGCAGGCCAAGCGGCGCUGCUGAGACGCUGCCGAAGAGGUCCGAGGCCCACGGAUCGCCACAACCAGAGGCUGCAGGUAUCAUCGCCAAGCCAAGCAGCAUCAGCAAUACCAGUAGCAGUAGCAGCAGCAGUUCAAGCAGUGAAGACAAACCUCACAGCAGACCAACAGGCAGAGCUGAAGCUGCUGGCAACAGCAUCAUCGCGCAGGAACCCAGUAGCAGCACCAACACCAGCAACAGCAGCCAGCAUGCCGGCGACGUUAUGGAAAGGAAACGGACGGCUGAGACGCUGCAACCCGCUAUUGUUUCGAAAGAUCUAGACGCGUGUAGCAGCAAUGGCGGCAGCACCAGCAAACGGCCCCGCGCGAGCGGUGCCGCAGGCGAGGCCACUGGCAGCAGCAUUGGCAGCGAUGGCAGUGAAACAGCUCAGCAAACCUCAGAGCCAACAGCCGCAGCUCCCGCUGCUGUUACUGCUGCUCCAGAGGAAUUCCAGGGCAUGGGAGUGGCCUCAGGUGAUGGCGUAACAAAGUUGGAGGUGACCAACAACCACAGCAACAACAGCAGCACAUGCAGCAGCACAGCAAACAGGGAAGACAAAAUGCGGUGGAGGCAGCAGCGUUUCAAUGAAUUCAAAGCGACCCUAAGCAGCAAAGCAGGCAGCCCUGUAACAGCAGAUGCUGCAGUGGUGCCUUCUGCGACCGUUGCUCCUGAGGUCCGCAAACGGACCAGCCACGAAGCGCCUCCCUCUCAAGUACCCGCUGAUACAUCUGCUGCAGCUGCUGCUCAUCCAGCCGGCGCGAUGCAACAUCAAACGCACAGCAGCAGCAAUAGCAGCAACUUGUGUCAGGCUCCUCCCGCCACAAGCAGCAGCAGAGGCUCGAGUGUCGUGCAGGCUGAAAUUUCCGCAGCAGCCGUUGCUGCUGCUGCGGCUGUCAGCUUGGAAGCCGCACACGGCCCAGGAGAUGCAGUGAAAGCUGCAGUGGCAGCAGCAGCAGCCGCAGCGGCAGCGAAAGUAACAGCAGCGGCAGAAGCAGCAAAGGCAGCAGCGCCACCCAAGCAGUCGAGCAGCCGGUGGGACAAGUGCCCCGCGGGGAAAUUGAACGGUGCCCUGCCUGCUGCUGCUGCUGCCAAGCAGGCAGCAGCAGCAGAUUCCCGAGCAGGCAAUAGCAGUAACAGCAACACUGUGAGAGCUGAACAGCAGCAACAGCAGCGGCAACAGCAGCAGCAGCAGCAAGCGGACUCAGAUGAGGAGUACACUGUCGCUCUUUCUGGCUGCAUACCGCGGCCUCUGCCCUCUAGACUUCCCCCUCCUCUCGGCUGUUCUUAUGAAAACCACAAGCGGUUCCUGUCUCUUGUCAGAAGUCGGCGUACCCUGGGACAGCAAUGGCGCAUUUCUGUGCUGGAGCUGCAGCAACGGCAGACGGAACAUUUGCUGCAGCGCAUUGAUCAUGCGGCUGGUGCAUUGGCGGAACUGGAGGUCCUGCGACAGCUGCUCUCAUCGAAGCAAGCUGCACCCGGAGGUGCACAAGCUGCGGACGAUGGUUUGCGUGGUGGGGAGGCAGCAGGUGCAGCCGCAGCAGCGAUUUCAUAG